AUCUGGCCCAGCAGGGUACAGAAGGGGAAAGGUUGCAGAAAACAGGCGUAUUUUCGUGCAAAGAGGUUUUUGUGCCAUUUAUUUAUGGUUUUCACCGUGGUGUGAGAGGACUAUUAAUGACAGGUUGUAUUUGACCGCCUACUUUGGGCUCUCGCAUGCGUUGUGCCGAAACCACCUCUCUCCCUCCUGCCUUCCUCCGCCUGGGUUGGAGAGCCCAGCGCGGCGGUUCGCAAGCCUGCUUGGCUGCCGGCGGCAGGAAAUCUGUAUCCCGCAGAAGCGCACCCUUUCUUGGUCUCAUUACAUGAGACACUUCCGCCUGCACGAGUUCUUCCGGGGCGGAGGUCACCAUGGCGGCUGCCUUGGGACGGCUGGGUCUACGCCCCGUCAAGCAGGUUCGAAUCCAAUUCUGUCCCUUCGAGAAAAACGUGGAAUCGACGAGGACCUUCCUCCAGGCGGUGAGCAGCGAGAGGGUCCGCUCCACUAAUCUCAACUGUUCAGUGAUUGCAGAUGUGAGGCACGACGGCUCCGAGCCCUGCGUGGAUGUGCUGUUCGGAGACGGGUAUCGCCUGAUUAUGCGCGGCGCCCAUCUCACAGCUCUGGAAAUGCUCAGUGCCUUCGCUUCCCACAUCCGGGCCAGGGAGGCGGCGGGCAGCGGGGACAAGCCGGGCGCUGAUGCUGGUCGCUGAAGCGCGGAAGAGACCAACGAGAUGAUUUUAGCGUGGACUAGGACACUUAACCUAAGAAGGGUUUCACUUAAUCAUUCAAAUCACUGUGUGGAGGGCCACGGAGUGCAAAAUAAAACUUAAAACCCUGCUAUCACAAA